GCUUGUAAAUCUUUGAAACUUCAGCAGAGCUUGUCGUGCAACAGAUACCAACCAUUUGAAUGUUAUUAAAAAUAUACAUUGCCUAAUCUUUCUUGGAUUCAUGCCGAGCUGAUCCCUGUUAGCAAAAAAGGGAAGACUUCAAUCUACUGUGCAAAAUGGGAGUUUUCAUGCUCUUGACGGUGCUUCUUUCAAUGUUUUGCUUUACUCCAAUCAAGUCAAAUGAGAGUCAAAGUACAAGAAAAUCUGUUUUCGAAGAAGUGCACAACCCAACACAGAUAAAAACAAGCAUGUUUCAUAAGACCUUCCAUCAAUGCAGCAUGGAUAACACCUGUCGUUAUGUUGUUAAGGAUAUCAAGAACAACAUUUUUUAUAAAUUUGGAGAUGAGCAAGAUAUCCCAACCGAGAGAUCCAAUCUAAUUAUAUGGUCAAAGAAACAAGCAAGAAGAGGUGUUCAAGGAAAUAUCGCUUAUAAGAAACUUUCCUCGCAUUCAUCAACCCAUACAUAUGACAAUAUAGAACUUGUUGCCAGCUUUGGAAAUGACGGUGACAAAACUGGGGACUGGCAGCGAUGCAGUAUCACAAAAGCUGACAAUGUACCCUGGUGGCAAGUGGACCUUACAAGGCAAGCUGCUGUUAAAAGUGUCCAAAUAAAGAAUGGCGCAACUUUUGGUCAACAAAAAAUCAAUCCAUUCGAUAUCAGUGUUGGGGAUGAUAGAUCAAGUGGCGGACGAAACAAUGCGCUUUGCGUAAAAAAUGGAAAGUUGGCAAGUGGUGAAUUGAAAAAGUUUGAUUGUCCAAGGCUGUUGCUUGGUCGGUACGUGACUGUCUUCUUGAACAGGCAAGAAUUUCUUCAAGUAUGUGAGCUUGAGGUUUACGAACUCCAAGCGGAGUGGUUCGUGUAAAAUACCGUUAUUGGUAGAAUUCAUGUUCUGUAAUGAUAAUUCCUUAUAUAUUUUUUGUGUAGAGUCAGUAAAAAUAGCUCAAUAAGCGUCAAUAAAUGAACCUGACAAGAAAUUUGAGAGAAGGGUCAAGAUUGAAUCGAAUUUUCUCGAUCAAAAUUUUUUUUCGCUUUAAGCUAAUAAGAACAUGCCAGUUAUUGUUGCUGUAUAUUUAAAACACACCAGAAAAUUUAGUUGAAAUCAGUAUGUAGUUUAUUUGUUUGUGCGGAUUCGGAUCAAGUCGAAUGUUUACAUACAUUGAAUAAUAAUGCCUCUGCAUACUAGUUGAAAAAGCAUAAUCCACUCAGUAAUUUAUCUAUAUGGAAGCGAAUUUAGGCCAUUGCUGCCACAAACGUUCCGCCUCUUCUUGCUCUAGCACAACAUUAAGAUACAUUAAUAAAGAGCUAUAUACACCAUGUUAAUUGUUACUCUAUUUGUGUCAUUUACUUUGUUUGAAUAAAAUUUUCAUCCAUAAAAAAUUGCACCUUGCAACAAUAUAUGAUUGUUAUUUUACAUUACACAGCUUGAUGUAGCAUGAGCACAAAUAUAUGUUAUUGUACUAUGAUGAAGCUACACUGUUUAGCUAUAGCAAUUAUAUCGUUUUUGUGUGGUUAUUCUACGCUUUUUGAAAAGGAGUGCUUUUCUGCUUGGAAGGGGUCGCUAGAAAUUUUAAUACAUAUGCUGAUCUCAGGGCCUAAAAUAAUGAAAUAGCCAUUCUUGUUUUGACAAAAGUUCAACAAACAUGAAGAGUAUGCCCUAACAGUAACAGCGUAGAUGUCUAGGCCGUUCUUUAUUACAAGGCUUAUUGUUGAUGUUACCACGACAAUAUCAUGCUGAGCGAAUCUAUCCUCGUAAAAAUGUAAGAUGCUUAUCUUUUAGUGGCUGUUGAUAUUUUUAAUUGUGCUAUGAAUUUGUCAUAAUAUUUUGACUAAAGCAGCUUAUAUUUAAAGAGUAGAAGAUUUUUAUCAUUUAUUAAUUUCUUGUCGAGAUCUAGAAAGGCUCAAUUUGCUUAACUUCAGAUUUCUCCUUCCAUUUCACAUUGAUAAUUUCUUAUAUUGAUAGAUUUCAGUCACAAUAGGCUAAAUAAUUACUGAAGUCAAAAUGUUAAAUUAUUCAAACUUUUUUCAACAUAAACUCUUAAUCAAGAUGUUAUGCUUAUUCAAGAAGCAGAUGCUACCAUGUAAAGUCUCAACUAGCAAACUUCAAGGUAAUCAUGAACUUUAUGCAAUA